UAUAGAGUACGUCAUCACUCCGCGACAACAACAAGCCAAACAGAGCUGACUUUAAGGUUUUCGUGGACAGAAUGACAGCUUCUGGAAACUGCCCGACAGGAACCACGGAGGAGCGGGAGCUCCCGUUCAGCUUCACCCCGCAGCUCUUCCACCUGCACAAGGACCACGAGCUGUUUGAGGAUGGAGACAUCCACAGACACAUGUAUCUGCAGGACCUCUACGUCUCAGGGGCAGACGACGAGCCCGCACUCAGUGUAUCGGAGUUCGCCUGUCACAUCUCCGGCUGCAGCGCUGUCUUCAGUGCACUGGAGGAGUACGAGCACCACUACAACUCACUGCACAGACACGUGUGCUGCUCCUGCCGUCGCUCCCUGCCAAGUGCCCGGCUCCUUGACAUUCACAUCCAGGAAUGGCAUGACUCUCUCUUCACCGUCCUCGCCCAGAGGCAAGACAUGUACCAGUGUUUGGUCGAGGGCUGUGGACAGAAGUUCAGGACUAGUAAACACAGGAAGGAUCACCUGAUAAGAAUCCACAAGUAUCCUCCAGACUUCAGAUUUGACAAAACCAAAAAGGACAGAGGAACCCGAGAGGCGAAGAGGCCGCAGCAGAAAGACACAGCCAUGGAGGUAGCAGACGACGUGUGUGAGUCUGAGGGUGUGUGCGAAGUGAUGUGUGACGUGCUGUCCGAGCAGCGCGAGCUCGGAGAAACCAUGGAGACACUUGUGGAGGAAGAAGCCGCUCGCAUGACAAAGCCCGCUGCUACCAUGGAGCACACAGAUCUUUCUGCCGCAUUUGACGGCAACGGCUGCACAAGCAGCGAGACGUUUAAAACACAAUACUCCUACAGAGUCCCUACGACCGUGUGCUUCGGUCACAGCUCCGUCCGAGGCUUCAGAGGACGACGGGGAAGGAGGAAAUGAAAAAACGCCAGAAUUGCGUCCUUUUUAUGAUGUAUAACUCAAGAGCCUUGUCUUUUAACUGAAUAUAUUUACUGUCACGUGUCCUUUAACUUAAAAUAAAAUGGCUUUUGCAAAAAAGAAA